AUUGUUUACAACCACGCCUGAAAAUCUACCCGAAUGACAAAAGUGUCGGAGCGGAUGCGAAAGGGCCCAUUUUUAUGUAACUUUUUGCAUGUUGCUGUUUAGCCAAUGUUACGAAGUAAACAGGGAAUUCGAUGCUCGGGAAAACAUCCUAUGGAUGUCCGUAUCUGUGCGAAAUCGAAACAUCUCAAUGGACCCAUCACGGGAUAGAUGAAAUUUCUGUUCCCGUUUCGAAAUGUUACAUUGCGUGAAAUUAUAAACAGCGACUACAUAUGGUCUGUCUAAAAAUUUCAAUGUAGUGGCGCAAUCAUUCAGCGAUACCGGUAUAAGAUUGCACCAUGGACUCUAGCGAAAUUAUGUUUAUUAUGGUUUGAUGGUUGCUGGUCUUACAAAACAGGAAUUCUCUCAAGAAAUCAAAUGGCAUCGUGUGUUCAAAGUGCACAUGAAAGUUCAGAUUUGUACGACCAACGGGUUGAAUUUAGAUUUUUUUCAAAAUCUAAAGAUGUUGCCCCAGGUAAAGGAAAAGGAGAAACCAUCGAUCCAAAAUGUGUAUACGAUUUCAAAGAACUCGGCCAAAUAAGAGAUUGGAGAAAGAAGCUUUCUAACUUCUGGAUAUCUGAAUUUGAAAUAGAUGGUUUGAAAUGGGCAAGUGUAGAACAUUUUUACCAGGCAAACAAGUAUAAGAACAACUGCCCUGUUUUCUAUAAGAUGUUUUCUUUAUCAUACAAGCCACAAGCAGAUGAUCCAAAGUGGAUAAAAGAACUUCCGGAAGAUUUAUCAACAAAUCCUGCAGCUGCAAAAUCCUUAGGUGGGAAAACUGGUAGAUAUCAAAAGAUAGCAUACCGACCCAAAAAUCUUCUUCUAGAUGCUGGAUUUUUUGACAAUGGUACCUCGGAAAAGAUGAUGGAAAUGGGUCAAACUGCAAAGUAUGAGCAAAAUGCAGAACUACGAGAAGUGUUACUUGCAACAAAAUAUGCGAAACUUGUUCAUAUAUCAAGGGGCAUUCCGCCUACGACUUUCCACGACACCAUGAGAAUUCGCAAAAAUCUACAGCAACAUUGCAUAUGAAUUUGCAAUGAAUUUGAAUUUUUCUUCAGUCAAUGAAUCGAUUGAUUUAAUGGAAUGUCCAAUAUAUUUAUGUAAUGUAAUUGAUGCUGAAGUUAUCAUUAUGUUCUCUGUAAAGUCCAAUUUAUCUUCAAAUGUAGCAAGUUGUAUUUACUUUGAGGUGCAUCAAUUCAUAUUAGUUAAAAUUAUUUUAAAAUAGGUGAACUCUUCGGUGACAUGAUUGUCCGAAUCAAUAGCUUUGAACGUUUUUAGCAUAAGGUUUUUACUACCUGAAACAGUAUUCUGAAAGUCAUUGUUUUCAAAAUUAUAGACUGAUCAUGAUUUAAUAUUUUAGUUUGGCAUUUUUCUACUCUUUCUUCAUUCUUUGAAUAUCAAUUCAAUUAAAAUCGAAGUGGUAAAUCUGUUCAGGUGAUAUUAAUAUCCUUGUGUAUUGCAGAUUUUUUCUAUUUUAGCUGUGUCAAUAUAUCGUCAAUAUAGUACUAAUGAUCAAUUUAUUACCAGUUUCAUUUUUAUAGUUUUCUUACACUUAUAGUACACACAAAGUACCUAUCUACUCUUAUCAAUGUAUAUGUGCAAUAAAUAUAUAAAAUGAUA